UUCUUCCUAUAAUUGACCAAAGUUAUAAUGUGCAUAGAUUUUAUUUUACUUUCGUCUUAUUUCAUUUUGUCAAUUUCUUAGUAGUUCGCACGAUCUCAUUUUAUUCAUCUCUAAGUAAUCGCUUAUUCACAGAACAUAACCUGAGAGACUUAAUUACUAAAGAGCAAUCAUCAAUCUUCUUCCUAAAAACCCGACGACGGGAGAGUUCCUUGGCGUCUUCAAGAGGAGUCAUUAUGGCUGGGGAACUUGUAUCAUUCGGAGUACAAAAGCUUUGGGACCUACUGACCCAAGAAUACGAGCAAUUUCAGGGAGCUAAUGAUCAAGUUACUGCACUAAAACGUGAUCUAAAUUUAUUAAGCUGUUUUCUAAAAGAUGCAGAUGAAAAGAAACAUACAAGCGCCGUGGUCAAAAAUUGUGUUGACGAGAUCAAGGAGAUAAUCUAUGAUGCAGAGGAUAUAAUUGAAACCUUUCUUUUAAAUGAAGAACUCGGGAAAACAAGUGGCCUCAGAAAGCGUGUAAGAAAAUUCGCUUUCACCAUAGUGGAUCGUAGGGAACUUGCGUCUAAUGUUGGAGGCAUAAGUAAGAGGAUCACCAAUGUUAUUCGAGAUAUGAAAAGUUUUGGAGUACAACAGAUGAUUGUUGACGGCAGCAGCUAUUCAAAUCCACAACAAGAACGACAAAGGGAGAUGCGACAAGAAUUUGCGAGGGACUAUGAAACCAAUCUUGUGGGGCUGGGAAGAAAGGUUAAGAAAUUGGUUGGAUAUUUUGUCGAGGAAGAUAACAUUCAAGUUGUUUCUAUAACUGGGAUGGGUGGUGUUGGUAAAACCACCCUUGCUAAACUUGUUUUUAACAAUGAGAUGGUUAGGCAAAAGUUUGAUGGACUCGCAUGGGUGUGUGUUUCACAAGAGUUUACCCGGAAGCUUGUGUGGCAAACAAUCUUGCGGGAUCUUAGACCUAAUGAAGAGGAAAAGAAAAUUUUGGAGAUGACAGAAUCAACACUCCAAGACAAACUAUUUCGUUUGCUGGAAACAUCUAAAUCAUUGAUUGUGCUAGAUGACAUAUGGAGAGAAGAAGAUUGGGACCGAAUCAAGCCAAUAUUUCCACCCGAAAAAGGUUGGAAGGUGCUACUUACUUCUCGAAAUAAGAGUGUCGGAGUACGUGGUGAUACAACAUUUAUCAACUUUGAAUCAGAAUGCUUGAGUAUUGAAGAAAGUUGGACACUUCUUCAACUAAUAGCAUUUCCAAAGAGAAAUUCAUCGGGAUUUAUGGUUAAGGAGGAAAUGGAGGAUAUUGGUAAGGAAAUGAUAAAACAUUGUGGGGGAUUGCCUUUGGCUAUCAAAGUGUUAGGAGGUUUUUUAGCUGCGAAAUAUACAAUGCUCGAUUGGAAAAGAGUAUUUGAGGAUAUUGGAUCUCGUAGCAUGGGAAGAGCCAAUUUAAAUGAUGGUAACAACUGUUCGGUUUACCAUGUACUAUGUAUGAGUUUUGCAGAGUUGCCAAGUUAUUUGAAGCAUUGCUUUCUCUACCUGGCCCAUUUUCCAGAAGAUGAUGAAAUAGUUGUGUCUAGUUUGGCUUACUAUUGGGCUGCAGAAGGAAUACUCAAACCUAGGAAUUACGAUGGAGAGACUAUUCGAGAUGUUGGAGACAACUACAUAGACGAAUUGGUUAGGAGGAAUAUGGUUAUUUCCGAAAGAGAUAAAAGGACUUUGAGAUUUGAAACUUGUCGUUUGCAUGACACGAUGAGAGAACUUUGUUUAGUUAAAGCCAAAGAAGAAAACUUCCUACACAUUGCCGGUACUUCGUCUCCGACCAUAGACUCCCAAUCUCCUUGUAGAUCUCGUAGACUUGUCUGCCAGUAUCCUACUAAAUUACAUGUUGAGAGAGAUAUAAGUAGUUUUAAACUUCGAUCUCUCCUUAUUGUCUUGGAUUGUUAUGGAGAAAAUUGGACGCUACAAGGUUCAAGUUUUAAAAGGUUGGAACUUCUGAGGGUCUUGGAUCUCUAUAAAGCCCAGUUUCAAGGAGGGAAGUUACCUGAUGGCAUUGGAAAGCUCAUCCACUUAAAGUUCUUAAGCUUAAAAGAGGCUAAGGUAUCUCAUCUACCUUCUUCUCUAGGAAAUCUAAUGUUGCUUAUUUAUCUAAAUAUCAAUGUAUACAUGGGACAUAUGGAGUCAAUAUAUGUGCCAAAUGUCUUGAUGGGGAUGCAAGAGUUAAGAUAUCUUGCAUUGCCAACUCUUAUGCAUAAGGGCACAAAGUUAGAAUUGAGUAAGCUAGUAAACUUGGAGACCUUGGAAGAAUUUACAACAGAGAACAGCAGCGUACAAGAUCUUCGUAGUAUGGUCAGAUUGAGGACUCUUGUAAUAACUUUAACUAGUGAUAUUACUCUGAAAACUCUAUAUGCGUCAAUAGGUGGGCUGAGACACCUGGAAAAUCUUGAGAUAGAUGAUCACAUGUCUAACAGCAUGGAUGGACUUGUAUUGGAUUUUGUUCAUCUGAAAAAGCUGAGUUUGCGUAUGUAUAUGCCAAGGCUUCCUAGAAAACAACACUUCCCUUCCAACCUUACAACCAUAUCUUUAGACGGUUGUCGUUUGGUGGACGAUCCGAUGCCAAGUCUAGGAAAGCUGCUUCACUUAUAUGAGGUCAAAUUAAUCUAUAAUUCUUAUUGUGGGAAGAGAAUGGUUUGCUUGGGGGGUGGAUUUCCUCGAUUGCACAAGCUCAGAUUAUCUGGAUUAGAUAGAUUGGAAGAUUGGAUAGUAGAAGAAGACUCUAUGUCCUUGAUUCAUACUGUGUCUAUCUGGGGUUGUCAAAUGUUAAAGAAGGUUCCAGCUGAGCUUCUAUUCAUCACUUCCUUAAAUCAUCUAAAUAUGGACAAGAGAUGGGAGGAAAGAUUUUCGGAAGACGGUGAAGAUUACUACAAAGUCUUGCACAUUCCUUUGAUUACAUUCCGAGCGACCUACGACGAAUGAGGCUCCAAGCCUCCAAGCAGUAACACAUUACAUACCUGACGAUUCUCUUCCCCGACGAACUUCUUAUCAAAAUUGGUCAUCGGACUCUCUUACGCGGAAAAAUUGCAUUGACGUCUUGAUAUCUUUUUCUGGAUAGAAUUGUGAUUUAUGUUAAAGUAUCACAAGUACUUUUGGCUUCACAUCAAGAUUGACUUUUAUGUUUAUUGCAUUGACGGGUUAUCAGUCGGUCACACCAGUACUUCUUUUAUUGGAUAAUUUGUUGUAGAAUCAAGG